AUGACAGAGAUGAAGGCCAAAGGGGACCCCAGGGCUCACGCCUCCUCCUCCUCCUCCUCCGAUCCCCGAGACGGCUCGCUCCUUUUGCGCGCCCCCCACCCCUCGGAGCUCGGCUCCUGCCGAAAGGGGACCGUCGAAGCGCUCGAUCUCUCCCUGGACGGGCUGCUGUAUCCCAAAAGCAGCGACGACGAGGACGAAGAGGAGGAGGAGGAGGAGGAGGAGGAAGAAGACGAGCCCAAGGCGUACCUCCCGGAGGAGGAGAGCGCGAAGGGUAACUCCUCCUCGAUCCGGGCCAGCUGCGGCUCCCCGGCGGACAAGGAUGCCUUGGACCGGGUCCUAGACACCUUCCUGGCCCCCUCGCCCUCCCCGGACAGCCCCUCCCGGCCCGCCUGGCCUUUCUUCGGCUCGGAGCUCGCCGACUUCCCCGGCGCGCUGAUGAACCGCCGCGGCCCCGACGGCAAAGCGGGAGGCGCCUCCGGCCACGCGGCUCCCCUGCUGCUGCCGCCGCCUUCCCCGACAGCCGCCCCUUCGCCCUGGAAGGCAGCGCGGGACGCCGACGGAGCCGCCUUCAGGAGCCCCCGAGGGAAGGAAGCGGCGCCCGCCGACGCAGCCAAGAGCGAGCCCGCCUUUGCGCCGCGGGAGCCUGACUUGGGGGCGGCCGCCUCCGGCAGCGGCAACAGCCUGGGGCCCGCCGCGCCGUCCGGGCGCGUCCCGGGGGCCGCCUCCUCCUCCUCCUCCUCGUCGUCCAACAACGCGGACUUCGUCAGCGUGCCCCUCCUGCCCCUCAACUCGGCCUACUUGGCCGCCAGGACUCGGCAGCUGCUGGACGUGGAGGAAUACGAGCUCGGCGGCCCCCCGCAGCAGCAGCAGCAGCGCCUGGCCUCGCCGCCCGCCUGCAGCCUGCCGCCCUUCGCCCCCUACGCCUACUCGCCCAAGGAGGGCCAGCAGCAGCAGCAGCCCCAGCCGCACUACUUGUUCGCCGCCGGCGACUUCCAGCCGGGCCUCAAGAUCAAAGAAGAGAGCCUGGCGGUGGCCCCCCCUCCGCAGCCCGGCGACGGCGGCGCCUAUUUCGGCGGGAAAAGCUCGCCGCUGGCCCUCGCCGUCCCCUGCGCAGACUACGCGCCCCCGCCGUCCAAAAGCGCGGGAAGUGGCGGGGGGCACCACGAGGCCUCCGCCUCCUCCUCUUCGCUGGAGUCCGUCCUCUACAAAGCGGAGGUCGCGGCAGCCGCAGCUGCCGCCGGUGCUGCGGCUGCCUCUUACGGCCCAGCGCCUUGCAAAGCCUCCGCCAGCUGCAUCGUGGCCAGGGACAGCCUCAGCCUGCCCUCAACCUCCAGCACGGCGCCUCCGGCCUUGUACCAGCCCCUGGCCUUCCACGGGCCGCCGCAGCUGGCCUUGCCGCCCACCGGCCUCAAAGACGGCUUCCCCCAACUCUACCCGCCUUAUCUGAGCUAUAUAAGGUCCGAUGUGGAAGCUGGCCAGAGCCCACAGUAUACUUUUGAAUCAUUGCCUCAAAAAAUAUGCCUCAUUUGUGGCGAUGAAGCCUCAGGAUGCCACUAUGGAGUUCUUACCUGUGGAAGCUGUAAGGUCUUCUUUAAGAGAGCGAUGGAAGGACAGCAUAACUAUUUAUGUGCCGGGCGGAAUGACUGUAUAGUUGAUAAAAUUCGCCGGAAGAACUGUCCUGCGUGUCGCUUGAGAAAGUGUUGUCAAGCUGGCAUGGUACUUGGAGGUCGAAAGUUUAAGAAGUUUAAUAAGGUCAAAGUUCUGAGAACAUUAGACGUUAUCGCACUCCAGCAGCCGGUGGCCCAUCCGACUGACAGCCAGGCCCUUGCUCAGCGUCUCUCCUUUUCGCCAAGCCAAGAGAUCCAGUAUAUUCCUCCGCUGGCCAGCAUCUUGCAAGGCAUCGAGCCGGAGGUGGUCUAUGCAGGCUACGACAACACGCAGCCAGAAACGCCGAGUGCUCUGCUGACUGGCCUCAAUCAGCUAUGUGAGAGGCAGCUUCUUUGUGUAGUCAAGUGGUCCAAGUCAUUACCAGGAUUCCGGAAUUUGCAUAUUGAUGACCAGAUAACCCUAAUCCAGUAUUCCUGGAUGAGCCUAAUGGUGUUUGCCAUGGGAUGGAGGUCUUAUAAGCACGUCAGUGGACAGAUGCUUUAUUUUGCUCCCGACCUAAUACUAAACGAACAGAGGAUGAAGGAAUCAUCAUUCUAUUCACAGUGCCUGUCUAUGUGGCAAAUCCCUCAGGAGUUUGUCAAGCUCCAAGUCUCUCAGGAGGAGUUCCUCUGCAUGAAAGCCUUACUUCUCCUUAGUACCAUUCCUUUGGAAGGUCUCCGAAGUCAAAACCAGUUUGAAGAAAUGAGAGCGAGCUACAUCAGAGAGCUGGUCAAGGCAAUCGGGUUGCGGCAGAAAGGAGUGGUAGCCAGUUCACAGCGAUUCUACCAGCUCACAAAAUUGAUGGACUCCAUGCAUGAUCUUGUUAAGCAGCUACACCUCUACUGUCUGAACACAUUUCUCCAGUCCCGGGCACUGAGCGUUGAAUUUCCCGAAAUGAUGUCAGAAGUCAUCGCAGCACAAUUGCCCAAGAUUCUUGCGGGAAUGGUGAAACCUCUUCUCUUUCACAAAAAGUGAAACAUCUCCCCCUGCCUGUCUUUCAUUUGUAGAGAUUUUUUUUUUAAAGAAAUGUGCAUUUCAGGAAUUUAUUUGUGGAGUUUUUAAAUUUUAUUUUUUUUUGGUCGGGAUUUUGCGGUGCCAGAAUAUUACAAUCUCUGCUCCACUUCACAAACCUACCAGUUCAUGUCUACAAAUGCUGCACAGUGUCCAUAUGGCAAACUUUUUUGAUUCCUUUGCAACUUUUUUAAAAGAAGAAAUCACGACCAAUGUUUGUCCUAAGAGAUGUUUUGUAAUAGGCCUGGUUGAAUCUCUCCUGAGGGAUGCACAAGAGAUCACGUUCAAUGUUUUUUUUUUUUUUUUUUAAAAGAGGCAGUUCCUUUGUACAUUUUUAUUCCUUCAUAUUAUUCAUUUUUAAAUUUUCCGCAAUGGGAAUGGAGUAAAGCUUUAGCUUUUAAUAGAUUAUUUUUGUGUGUGGCUGUAUGUGUAUAUGUAUAUAAACAUCAAAGAAUAUGGUGAUAUUAAAAUUCAGAUUGUCUUCUAA